GCGGGGAGGAGGGGGAGGGGGAGGGUCAUGGCCCGGGCGUGCACUUGCCAUGGCAAUAGGAGCAGGCUUGGUAGAAAUAUGGUGUUAUAAGUGGUAUGUUUUAGGCGGUCUUGGAGUUUACAUCACCCUGCGCACAGUCAAGCGCUUCGUGCGAACAAAUUCCCCCGAUGUCUCCUCUGCUUUGGCAGCAACAAAAUUUGCCACCGAGAGUGCCGAUGCUGCAGCUGUUUUGGGAGGCUAUGUCAAAGAGGUUUUAAAGAGAAAGGAUUUGGAUGAUUUGGAUGUCUGUACUGUGACGACAAAUUUUGGAUCUCUUAUUGAAACUAAAGGGGCUGCCGUGGGAUGCUAUUGUGUUGAGCAUUUACAUUUAAAAGUCAUCAACCAUUUGAAUCAUGACAGUGAUAUGAAGCAUUUGCUGGAUAGAUUGAAUAGUGCUUUUGAGAGUUUGAGCAAAAUGUUGGUGCUGAAUGCAAGGAUGGGAUACAGAUUGACCGAGCAAACAGACAAGUCAAGAUAUUGCAUCCUCUCAAAAGAUGGCCAGGCUAUUGGUAUGUUUGUCACGCAAGAUUUGAGUAAGUUUGGAUGUUGGGAUUGCUGCGAUGGAAGCAUACAAGAUGCGGUUAUAGUUGCAAAAGGCUACGACAAGUUGAGCUUUAUGGCUGCACAACGUCUGAGUGAUGAGAGUGCAGUUCACUUUGAUACAAUCUCUGAUGGGCCUGAGUUUGUUGUCAUUGCAUGUGAUGGAGUUUGCAAUCUUAUGGAAAACAUGGAUGCAGUUCGCUUCGUGUACCAAGCAGCCAGAGCGGACAUGGAGCUGCGUCCUCUCUGCGACGUCCUCCUGGAUGGCCUACUAUCAUCGGGAAGCUCGGUAAAGGUGGUGGCUGUACUUGUGCAGUUCAAGGCCCGACACAUGGGCGAGGGUUCUUCCGUCAAUGUCUGACUUGUGCCUGUACAUGUUCGAGAGUUUUGUCACUGAGAAAGAAAGAGGUCACACUUGGCCAAAUGGCUUGAUUGCUCGAUCAUUUUGGUGAUGCUAGGAUUACACAGUAAUUCUGCCUCUCAUGGCUUAAUUAUGUUGGUGAUGAUGUUGAGACCACUGGGAGAAUGUUAUAUAUGCCUCUCUUGAGGAGAGUCUACUCUGCUCCAUAUGGACCUGCGUGCCCUGUUUGCGUUUGUGUAAAGUCUGUAUGGCGUUUGAUGUUGAGUUGCUUUUAGGGCAUGCACAACAGAUUAGAUGUCUGUUAUCUACCGAGACUCCUCCACGUCACUUGUAGACAGUAUGUAGAGAUACCUAGUACUUGUCUCUAGAGGAGUCUAGUGAGUGAUCUAGAGGAGAUAACUUUAUUGUAUGUCGAUAAGAGCAUGUUAUCUCUGUACUUGUGUAGUCUAUAUAUUGCGUUUGCUUGUUUCA